AUGUCCAAGCCGACCACAAAUGGGCUAAUCGCCAAAUCGAUUGACGAUCUAGCAUUACCAGGUGGACGGAAUGAACGGCAAUUUGCACGAUACAAAUCUAGUCAACUACUAAGACUCUCAGCGGGUAAAGUUCACGGUUCCCUCGCUCGUGCCGGUAAGGUCAAGUCUCAAACCCCAAAGGUUGACAAGCAAGAAAAGCCAAAGCAGCCAAGAGGCAGGGCUUACAAGAGAAAGCUCUACACCAGAAGAUUCGUCAACGUUGCCACCACUCCAGGUGGAAAGAGAAAGAUGAACCCAGGUCCAUCCUCGAAGGCUUAA